CUGCAGCGGGCUGGUCAAAAGUGCUGGAAGUUCCUCUGAUAAAAUUCAAAAUUCAACGCUAGAUAUGAUAUUUCGAUGUAUACAAACUACACUAAGUUGACAAUUAAGGAAUAUUACAUUAAUUAGGAAUUAAUUCAACAUGGAAUUCCGGAAGGACAAGUUUGAAGACUUCUAUGAAGUCGGAGAAGAAAUCGGAAGUGGCCAGUUUGCAGUGGUGAAAAAAUGCAAACAUCUGAAAACAAACGAUGAAUUUGCGGCAAAGAUCAUCAAAAAGAAACGAGCAAUGGCGAGUAGGCUGGGAGUUAAAAUGGAAGAUAUUAAAAAAGAAAUCGUAAUCCUCCAAGAGAUGGAUCACGAGAAUGUGAUACGGAUAUAUGAGGUGUUCGAAAACAAGACGCAUGUAAUACUAGUCCUUGAGCUGGUCUCAGGUGGCGAAUUGUUUGACUUCAUAGCUGAGAAAGAGCGGUUGAGUGAAGAAGAGGCGUCAGCAUUCGUGAAGCAGAUCCUCCUCGGCAUAAAACACAUGCAUAGUAAACGCAUAGCGCAUCUGGAUCUAAAGCCAGAAAAUGUGAUGUUAUUGAACAAGAAUUCCCAAAAUAUUAAGCUGAUUGAUUUCGGUCUUUCCCGCGUCAUAAAACAAGGGGAGUUUCAUCGAGACAUGAUCGGGACUCCAGAGUUCGUAGCCCCAGAAGUGAUUAACUAUGAUCCUCUGUCACUUGCUACGGAUAUGUGGAGCAUCGGUAUAAUCACAUAUAUACUGUUGAGUGGUUGUUCGCCAUUCUCAGGAAAGGACCAACAGCAAACAUAUGAAAAAAUUUGCCAACUGACUUAUGAUUUUACCUCAAAAUACUUUGAAAAUACCAGUGAUCUCGCCAAGGAGUUUAUUGGUAUGCUGCUAAAACGAGAUCCAUUAUCAAGAGCUUCCGUGGAAGAAUGUUUGAACCAUGCUUGGAUUCAGCCAUCUGAAAAGAAACAGUCGGAGAAUAGAAGGAAGUCUGUUAUUAAUAUUGGAAACUUGAAAACAUUCUGUGCUAAGAAAAGAUGGCGGCAAUCAGUUCAGAUCGUGACACUGUGCAAUCGUUUAUCUAAAAGUGCUAAUCUGCGACGUACUGCAAAUUUGUUACAUGACAGCCAUGCUGCCAAUGGUCUUGAGAAUCCAAUUGAUGGAGUUCAACAAACAACAAGUGAUACCAUGGAAACCAAUAGUGACACUACUGAAACAAACAGUGACACUUCAGAAACUAUAACUGACAUCACCCAAAAUAACAAUGACAAAAUUAGCAGUAACAACAUUAUAAAAACUGAAUCAAAAUCCAAAGUUGACAUUAAUAAUGACAUCACACUUACUAGGGAUGACAUCACUGAUGGCAAUUCAUGUGGAACUGAUGACAGUAAACCUUUCACUGAUGAUAUAACACCUGGAACUGAUGACAUCAAAUCUGACACUGAUGACAUCACAUCUGCCACUGUUGACAUCAUACCUGACACUGAUGAAAUCAUAAAGCAUAUUGAUGACAUCACAGUCAAACAUGUUGAUGGUGUCAUAACAACCACCCUUAAUGUAAACAUCAAAAAUGACAUCGCCAUUGUUGAUUUUAAAAAUACCGCACCACAAAAAUCAUUGAAAUGUGUAAGUGUUUUAUUACAGCAGGACAAAAUUGGCGAUAUGAGUACAAAGAGUGAUUGAAACAUUGUGGAUUUUUUAGGGUUGUCAAAGGAUUGUUGGAAAAGUUUUGAACAAUUAUUACAUGUUUUUAUAUUUUGUGUAAAAAUAAACAUGGACAUAAAAUAAUAAAAUUAUU